AUGUUUUCACUAACUUUGAUCACUUUGCUCACUGCACUCAUCUGUGGUUGUCACGGAGGUGUCUCAAAUAUUCGUGCUAAACCAGGACAAACAGUUGUUUUGGAGUUCAUGGAGUCUCCAAAUGAUAUUGAAGCAGAAUUCAUGAAUGCAGAAGGUGUUCAUGACAGAAAACUAAUCAUCAAAGAUGGAGAAAUUACUGAAUUAGCGACGAAAAUUUAUGGAAAUCGAAUAACUUACAACAGUGGAAAUCUUACUAUUCAAGAUAUGAAAGAAAGUGAUCCAUUGGCUUAUCAUUAUCACGCAGCCAAAUACCCACACGUGCUUAUGAUUGAUUUGACUGAGUAA